CAUCGUCAGUCUAUUCGCAGCGCACCGCCUGGUAGUUGCACCUAGGGGUAUACGUAGAUCAUGAAGUUCAUUCAAUCGAGUCGUAUCGUGGAGAUACCGGAUAAUGUCACGGCGACUGUCAGCAAACGGGUCGUAACGAUCAAGGGACCGCGCGGAACACUUACUCGAAGCUUUCGACACAUUCAAGUGGAUAUCUAUGAGAUUAAUAAGCGCCGCUUGAAGGUCGAAAUUUGGUGGGGGAAUAAAAAACAUCUUUCAUGCAUUCGUACUAUCUGCACACACAUAAAAAAUAUGAUUAUUGGCGUUACUAAAGGCUUUGUAUACAAAAUGCGCUCCGUUUUCGCUCACUUCCCUAUCAUCGUUACAAUCCUCAAUGAGAACAAGGAAACUGGUCACGGGAACGCAGUCGAAAUCCGUAACUUCCUUGGUCAGCGCGAAAUUCCAAAGGUCAAGAUGCUCCCCGGUGUCACGGUUUGCCUCUCCAAGGACGUCAAAAACGAAAUCGCCCUUCACGGAAACGACAUUGAAAAGGUCUCUCAGAGUGCUGCCAACAUCCAUGGUGCUGUCAGGGUCAAGAACAAAGAUAUUCGUAAAUUCCUCGACGGUAUCUAUGUCAGUCAACGUAUCCUCGGAGAUACCGUUAAAGAUGUCUAAAUUGAUAAAAGAAGCCUUUGAAAAGAGCUGUUUGCUCUGCCCUCGUAAA